AGGCAUAUCAGACGAGUGGAAAAGAAAAGAGAGUGGAGGGAAUUUUCAGACUAUGCGGAUUAAGACAAACAGAGAGCAGAAACCAAGUGAAAGACGAGGAGAACGGAGGAUUCAACUGGAAAACUGAAUGGAACUUUUGAAAAGAAAGAAAGAAAACCAUUUACAACAGCUUCUUAACAGCGAGAGAAGAGGAGCUGACUACUUGAAUCAGAAGAGGAACAACACAUUACAAAAAGUUUUUUUGAAUAGUUUUGAAAAAACCAAAGACUCUUUCGGGACGAGAAGUGACAGUCAGAAUUAGACUAAGGGAAACUUCUGAUGAGUUACAGGAAUACAAUUUCAUAUUCACAGCUCACGUGUUCCAACAGUCAUUAGUCAUUAGGAAGCAGGAGUUUAAAGUGUUUUCCAAUAUGGAGCUAAAAUGGACACCUCUACUUUUUUGUGGUCUGUUCCUGUUCUCUAGUGGAGCUACAGAUUGCAAGAUUGGAUAUAAACAUACUAUAAAUGGCUGUACUGAUGAGAAUGAGUGUGAAGUUACUCCGAAUAUUUGUGGUUCUCACUCAAAGUGUAUAAAUACAAAUGGAAGUUACCACUGCAACUGUAAUGAAGGGUUCCAAACAACAGCAUCUACUCCCAAUUUCACUGCAACAGACGGACAGUGUGUAGAUAUAAAUGAGUGCACUCAGAAGACACGCUGUGCUGAUCAUUUGGUGUGUGUGAACCACAUUGGCAACUACACAUGUGAGUGUCCGAGUGGAUACCGGAGACUAGGAGGACCUUCUGAAUGUGAAGAUGUGAACGAGUGUGAGUCAUCAGUGUGUGGCGCUCACAGCACUUGCAUUAACACAUCUGGCAGUUUCUCCUGCAGCUGUUCUUCAGGUUUCUAUAAACAUGAGAAGAACUCCACCUGCACAGACAUUGAUGAGUGUGCAGACGUUGCCGAUCGGUGCGGCUCACAUGCUAUUUGCAACAAUACUCAAGGCAGCUACAGCUGCAUUUGUCACCGUGGAUACAGUAACUAUGGCAACAACCAGUCAAAAUGCAUAGAGAUGAACUGUGAGCAAUUUAAACCUGAAAAUGAGACACACCACACACCUGAAAAGUUGAGGAGUUUGCUGUCACUGUUGAUGAACAGUUGUGAGUCUCUGAAUGAUCCAGAUGGAGACCGUCGCUUGGGAGAAGUGUUGCUGGAGAAUCUGUUUACAUCUGCUGAUGAGCUGCUGUCGGAGGGGAAUCUUGUUGACAGUGAAACAUUGAGUCAGUUUCUGGGUGCGAUGGAGAACAGCAUGCGUCUGAUUGGACCACAACUCAAAGAGCCUGUAACCAGAUUAGAGACACACAAUACUCAUGCUGAGGUGGCAGUGAGGCGAGGAGAGGCUCCUCCCACUGGAAGUUUCAUUUUGAGCACAGACUCCACCCACUUCAACACCAGCUGGGAAACAGCAGCCGGAAAAUCAUACCCAGGUUUUGCGUUUGCGGCGCUGGUCAGUUAUAAAGAUCUAAACACAUCCAGAGAUUCUUUCAACAAGAUAAGCCAAAUAUCACAGGAGGAGGGAAACAUUAUUUAUCAACUCAACUCGAGAGUGGUGACAGCCAUCAUCAGUAAUCCAGAAACAAAACACCUGUCUGAUCCUGUUACUCUCGUCUUUAAACACGUGCAGGAGAGGGCGGAGACUAAGGGCAUGAAGUACUCUUGUGUGUACUGGAAUGAGGCUCAGGGGGCGUGGUCUGGGCGGGGCUGUGUGAGGGCAUGGUCUAACAGCACACAUACAGUGUGUUCCUGCAGUCACCUGAGCAGUUUCGCAGUGCUCAUGGCUCUCUACCCCAUCAAGGACACGUUUGCGUUGGUGUUGAUCACUCGUGUGGGUUUAGUUCUGUCUCUGAUCUGUUUACUGCUGUGUAUUCUGACGUUCCGCUUCUGCCGUUCCAUCCAAGGAACCCGGAACAGCAUCCACCUCCAUCUGAGCUUGUGCCUCUUCAUCGCUGACCUCGUCUUCCUCUGCGGGAUCUCCAGUACUUACAACAAGGGAGUUUGUACAUUUGUUGCUGGAUUGCUGCAUUUCUUCUUCUUGGCCGCAUUCUGCUGGAUGCUGCUGGAGGGAGUGCAGCUGUACCGAAUGGUUGUCCUGGUGUUUCAAACCACGCUCAAGCAUCUCUACAUGUAUGCCGUUGGAUACGGAGCCCCUCUCACCAUCGUCAUUAUCUCUACCAUCGCCUACCCACAGGGGUACGGCACUGACCGACACUGUUGGCUCUCUCUUGAAGGUAAUUUUAUCUGGAGUUUCUUUGCGCCCGUCUGCAUCAUCAUCAUCAUAAACAGCUUUUUCUUCAUCAUCACUGUGUGGAAACUGGCCGAAAAAUUCUCCAGUCUCAACCCAGACCUCUCCAAACUGCGCAUGAUUAGGGGAUUUACAGUGACUGCGGUGGCCCAGUUGUGUGUUCUUGGAGGGAUGUGGGUUUUUGGCUGUUUCCUCUUUCAGGAAGAAGGAACUCAGGUCAUGUUAUACCUCUUCACCAUUCUCAGCAGCCUCCAGGGGGUGCUCAUGUUCGUCCUGCACUGCCUCCUGUCCAAAACGGUCAGAGAGGAAUAUUGCAAGCUGAGUGGUAUCGUGUGCAUACAAAAGGAGAGAUAUUCAGAAUUCAGCACCAACCAGUCCAGUAACACUCAGCAUCCUCUACGGAGUGAUCAGAGCACGAGAGAGUCAAAGAUUUAAGAUGCUUGCCAUAUACUGAUGGAUGUUUAAAGACCCGUGAAUGCUUUCUGCUGGAAGACUUUUCACAAUGCUUUCAUUAUGUUUGUCAGUGGCCCACCAUCAAAAUAUAUCAAACCAUUACAUACGUUGAAUGCGAUAUAUGGGUUAUGUCCUCUCAAAGGCUUUGGGGAGACUCCAGCUUCUUUGUUGUGCCUAAACACGUGGAAAAAGUCUUAAGACUGUAUUCAAAGGGCAGCUUUCAUUGCAUCAUAUAGAAAAACGUCUUUUGAAGAACUUGCUUACAAUCUACCUUAUGAAAGAGGUUAUUUAUCUAAAUCACCUCUUUCCUGUGAAGCAGAAUGUAUUAAAACAGCACAGACCAAACAUCAUGCACAGAUCACGUGUAGGUAUAUGAUCCAUGCAGACGCCACUUUAUGUCUUUAAGCUGUUGUUCAAUUUCGCCUCUAUUUAUGAUGUAUGAAACAGAGGUGAGGUACUUUAGAUACUUAAAACUAUUUAAACAGAGGCCAUGUUUUUUUAUGUCAGUUUAUUUGUCACAAAAAGGGCUUAAGUUUUAAUUUCAAAGUGAAAUUUGUCUUUACACUAAAUGUAACAGGUUGACCAUUAAAUAAUAUGAAUUGAGUUGAUAUUUAGCCAGUUUUAACUGUGCAGUGCCAUUGGGAAACAUUGGUGAUUAAGAUUCUUAAAACUUCUAUUCAAUUUGUUUGGGAACUCAAUACUUGUUUGCAAAGGACAUUCUGUGAUGCUUCUCAGAAGUCUGCAAAUAUAGAGAACGGUAGUUUGAAUAUUACGUUUUUGAUGAAGCUAUCAAAUGAAGUUGUAAACUGCUUGCUUCAGCGGCACAGAUGUUUUUUGCUAUCCUCCUAUUGCAUUUGUGAUGAUAUUUGAUAAGAAACAAAUGUUUUAUUUCAAUUUUCAAUGUUCCCACACCAAUGUUUUUGUUAUUUUUGUACUUUGUCAGUGCACCAUGAUAUAUUUCCUUGUUUUCUAGAUGUAAUUUUACUGUAUGUGUAGUGUAUUUUUGUAUUACUGCAUCUGAAUCAGUCCAGCUUUGUAACUCAAACUGGCAGAAACACAAUGCAAGGGUCCUUCAGUAUCGCAGAAUUUGCCCCUAGGUGGGACUGCCAUGUGUUUCAGUUAAGAUUAAAA